GCGUUUCGUUCACAUCUAUGGUUCACAUCGAAGCAGCAGCAGUAGCGGCUCGAUGGUGUCACUAGCAUCCUGGUUUGGGCUGUUAUCGUGAUUCGAAGAGAUAAACCGCAAUUUGAAUACGAGAGGUGGGCAUACCCCAUCAACAUCCCUUCACUAAAGCAUGGCUGAGCCCGAGCUCCUCCUGGACUCCAAUAUCCGUCUUUGGGUUGUGCUGCCAAUCGUGUUUAUUACUUUUCUGGUUGGAGUGAUCCGCCAUUAUGUCUCGAUUCUGUUACAAAGUGACAAGAAGCUCACAUUAGAGCAGGUUUCAGACAGCCAGGUUCUCAUCAGGAGCAGAGUUUUACGGGAAAAUGGAAAAUACAUCCCUAAACAAUCUUUCUUGAUGAGAAAAUUCUACUUCAAUAAUCAAGAAGAUGGAUUUUUCAAGAAGACCAAAAGAAAGGUGGUCCCACCAUCUCCAAUGACUGAUCCAAGCAUGUUGACAGACAUGAUGAAAGGCAAUGUGACAAACGUCCUGCCCAUGAUCCUUAUUGGUGGUUGGAUCAACUGGACCUUUUCUGGGUUUGUCACAACAAAGGUACCGUUUCCUCUCACACUCCGGUUCAAGCCGAUGCUGCAGCAGGGAAUAGAGUUGCUCUCUCUAGAUGCCUCCUGGGUGAGUUCAGCAUCUUGGUAUUUCCUGAAUGUCUUUGGUCUCAGGAGCAUGUAUUCUCUGAUUCUUGGACAAGACAAUGGUGCAGAUCAGUCUCGCAUCAUGCAGGAACAGAUGAGUGGUGCUGCAAUGGCAAUGCCUGCUGACACAAACAAAGCAUUCAAGGCAGAAUGGGAGGCUCUGGAGUUGACGGAUCAUCAGUGGGCCUUAGAGAAUGUCGAGGAGGAUCUGAUGAGUAAGGACUUGGACUUGUCUGGGAUGUUCAGCAAAGAAUUGCCAACGGGCAUCUUCUAAGUGCCUGUCCACUACUGAGAGGUUCUGCCGGACCUCACUGAGAAUUGUGAAUUGUCAGACUGGUUUUGGGAGUGACAAAUCAGUUCCAUUCAGAUUUUUUCUUUUUCUAGAAAGGGUCAUAAACCUCAUUGCAGACAUAUCACAUUUUGUGUCAUAUGCAUGCAGCAUUCCCUCCAUUAUUAAUUUUUGCUGAGAUGUAAGUGUCAUAGGGUGAUAAAGCUUUGAGCUUUAAGAUUUAUGGAUUAUCUCUUGUGACUGCAUUCAUACAACAGAAACAUUACAGAGCACCCUAUAAUGUAGCGUGUGGCCUGGUUUUCUUGAAAACAUUCCCUAAUGAUUAUUGCUGUCUCUUCAUUUUUCUUUUAACACAAUUACAUUUUUUAUUUUAUGAGCAUCAUGUUCUUAUUUUACAAGGACCAUAUGAUUGUAUGGACCAAGUAGGCAAAAAAUAAGUUUUAGGAAGUGAUGACAUUUAAAAAGUGGAUCAGACCAUAACAUAGGUUCAGUUAACUAAAUAGUAUGUUCCAAAAUUGACUAGUGUUUUAGAUGCUUUUCUUAUGGUGCCAAUACAUCAUGCACGGAGUAUGUAGUGAAAAAGACAUCUUCAUUACAGUUUAAGAUUUAAAGGCAUGUUUAUUAUAUUUAUUUUAGUUUUAUUAAAUGUCUUUUUUCUUUUUGUUAAAUAAAUGUUGCUCAUUACAUUUACUGGAUGUGUAUAUUCUUAAUACAGCUGUUUUACUAAAUA